AUGCGCUUUCAAACACUCACCGCGCUGCUUUGUGCGACGACAUUGGCGGAUAAGAUUGAAUGGGAUCUCCUCGAUGUUGAAUUGCCGGCAGAAAGCCUGGAGAUGCCUGUGUUCAACUAUAGCGUUUCUGCAAACCUACCGGCGAGUGUUAUUCCGCGGGUGGUACACGAUUUGCUUGUUCUCCAGACCUCUGCUGUAAUGGAGAACCCGCGCCAGGUUGUUGCGCCGUCGACGAAAACUCGACAUGCUGCGCCGACCAGCCUGGUAUGGCAUGCGGCCCCGACCAAACCUGCUGCGGAAGCGGAUGCUGCGCCGCCGGCCGAUCCUGCUGCAGCGGAGGAGAAGGAUGCUGCGACUUCGGGACGACAUGCUGCGGUGCGACGAAAUGCUGUGACCCAGACUACUCGCAUUGUUGCGGCGAAGUUUGCUGCUCGAAUGAUCAGGAGUGCUGCGGCGAUGUGUGCUGUGAUGAGGGAUCGACUUGCGAGAUUAAGGGGCGUUGUGUGA